GCUUAGCCUAAGCCGGAAGCAAGGCCGUCUCUAAUCGCCUGAUGUCGGUGCAGCAAAAUUGCCCUCACGUCUGGCCAUAAUCCUCAGCCCAACUCCGCAAAAGGCCAGAUCACCCACCCCCGCGUAUCUUGUGUAUCGCAUGAACUGCAGAUAUUGUUUCCAGUACUUCCAUUACUUUGUAUUCUUCUUCUAUCGCAAUCAUGGUCCUCAACUCCUCUACCUCGGUUGUCGGACGCCUAAAGGACGAGCCGCUGGUCGCUGUCGGCACCGUGGCAACAAUAGCCGCCUUCACGUACGCAUCAAUCGGUGUCUACCGUGGCCGAUUCAAGCAGUCGCAGUGGGGCAUGCGCGGCCGCGUUGUCAUGCAAGGACUUACAGUGGCCGCCCUGGUUGGCUACGGAUUCAUGCGCAACAAGGACGUAGAGAAGACGCCUAAGCAAGAUGUCCGGCCAAUCAACUGGGAGCGCCUGGAGCGGGAGGCGCGGGCCGCCGAGCAGCAAGGCGCAGAUAAGGUCGAUCCGGCCAUCGCCAAGCUGACUGCCAGGCUGGAGAAGCAGAAGGAGGCUGCCAGUGUCUUUGCUGCCGAGCCCCAGGCCACAAAGCCCGCGGACAGCUAGGCCGCGCCUUAAUGUACCCAGCACACGCUGUUCCUUUCCUAUAAAUCCGAAUAUGCUGAAUCUGAAUAGUGACGUUUGCUAAAGGACUAUGGCGGAUCGGUGGGCAUGGCGCCUGGAUCACCGCUGCCUUUGCAAGCAGUAAGACCCAGGAGCGCCACACAUGCCCUGACAACCGCCUUGGCAGCGGUGUCUAUUGACAAUGGGGAGGGGUGCCUGCCGCCGC